AUGGCUAAUGAAAUAAAAGUACUUGUAUAUAUGACAGGUAUCAUAGCUGCUGGUUAUGGUCUUAUGAAGUAUACUGUACCAGAUGAAGAAGCAAUGAAAAAGAGACUUGAUCCAACAUUAAGAAGAGAAUAUGAUGAACGAAAAGCAGAAAAUCGUGAAAAAGGUGAACAAAUGAUGAAUCUUAUGCGUGAAGUAGCAGCAUCAGAUAAGCCAGUAUGGGAAAUGCAGAAAGAAAAAAGAAACCAAUAA